CCUCCUCCAGAACACGCCCCCAUUUCCAUUUUGCACCUCACUACCAAGCUCUACUCUCUCAUGGGCUCCGUCGACGGCAAUGGUUGCUCAUCGGAGAUGGAGAAGUUCCUCUGCGAUCGCUUGAAUGACCCGACUCAGCCCAUUGCGGAGCGCUUCCGAGCCCUCUUCUCCCUCCGAAACCUCAAAGGCCCCGCCCCUCGCGAUGCCCUAAUUCUUGCGACUAGAGAUUCUUCAAAUUUGUUGGCUCAUGAGGCUGCAUUUGCAUUGGGUCAAAUGCAAGAUACAGAUUCCAUCCCAGCUUUGGUGUCUGUUCUUAAUGAUCUUUCUUUGCACCCCAUUGUUCGGCACGAGGCAGCAGAAGCUCUAGGGGCUAUUGGCUUAGAGAGUAACAUUCCUCUUUUAAAAAAGAGCUUGGCUUUAGAUCCUGCUCAAGAGGUUAAAGAGACAUGUGAAUUGGCUCUUAAGCGAAUUGAGCAAUUGAAAGAUUCUGGUAAUGAAGGUGAAUCAUCCACAAUUGAAAAGUCACCGUUUAUGUCUGUCGAUCCAGCCGCACCGGCUUCUUCUAAUGCUUCUGUACAUCAACUGAGGGAGAUUCUUCUCGAUGAUGAUAAGGGCAUGUAUGAGCGGUAUGCAGCUCUUUUUGCUCUACGGAAUAAUGGCAAUGAUGAAGCUUUAACUGCAAUUAUCGACUCUUUAAGCUCAACAAGUGCUCUGCUAAAGCAUGAGGUUGCUUAUGUAUUGGGCCAAUUGCAAGACAAAGCAGCUUCUUAUGCCCUUUCUGAUAUACUUGAGAAUGUUAAUGAGCACCCAAUGGUUAGACAUGAGGCUGCAGAAGCUCUUGGUUCCAUUGCUGAUGAAAGAAGCAUAGCACUUCUCAAGAAGUUUGCGAAGGAUCCCGAGCCUAUCGUCUCACAGAGUUGUGAGGUUGCCCUAAGUAUGUUGGAAUAUGAAAGGUUGGGAAGAUCAUUUGAGUUCCUGUUUAUGCAAUCUCCCCAAGUGCAAUAAGUUGCAACAAACAGCAGAUAGCAUCAAUUGCCAAGCUUGUGUUGAGACUCAUGCUUGGAUCUAGACUUAGUGAGGAUGCUGGUUGGUCUGUGAAUUGGACAAAUUGAGUCGUUUGGCUAAAAGGUCCACGAUGAGACGCAAUGCUAACUGUGGGAGGGGAGAGCAAAAGGAGUGAGAUCACAUGGUGGAGUUUCAUGGAGCAGAUUGCGGGAGGCAAUCUCAUCUCCAAGACGCUGAUUAGAGUGGGUGGUCUAGGUGAAAUGGAAGGAUCGGGUGGGGUGGCAGAGUUUGAAUGGUGAUCAGCUUUACCUGUGCUCUUGCCCUACGAGAUGAAUCACAUAUUAGACUAUGUAAAAAAUUGCAUAAUAUCAAAUCAUGUUGAGAUGUUACCUUGCACUAUAGUUGUAACUAGAACUUUAUCUAAUUCAACUUUGACUUUAUC